AUGGCCGAAGCUCUAAGUACUUCGUCAGACCUGAGCCACCCAAUUCUUAACCUCACCCCGGAAGAGAAGCGCGUCUUCGGCCAGCUCUUCGCGCGCGCCGACACGGAAAAAAUCGGCGUCGUUACCGGCGAAGUUGCCGUAAAGUUCUUCGAGCCGACGAAGCUGCCGGCACCCGUGUUAGGGGAGAUAUGGCAGAUUGCGGACACAGAAAACCGAGGCUUGCUGACCAGCUCGGGAUUCUGUAUUGUGCUGAGGUUGAUCGGACACUACCAGGCUGGAAGAGAUCCCUCCCCUGAACUGGCUUUUCAGCCUGGACCGUUGCCUAAAUUCGAGGGCCUCAAUGUCCCGUCUAGCGCGCCAGCGCCCUCCCUCCCUGGACCUAUCCAGCCGCAGCUCAGUGGUGGAGGACCAAUACGGGUUCCGCCGCUAACGCCGGACAAGGUCGCCGAAUAUUCAGCUCUGUUUGGAAGCUUGGGUGCUCAGAAUGGCGUUCUCUCCGGUGAAACGGCGAAGAACAUCUUUGAAAAAGCACGGUUAUCGAACGACACCUUGGGGCGGAUAUGGAACCUAGCAGACACACAGUUGCGCGGCGCUCUCGACAUGACCGAGUUCAUCAUCGCUAUGCAUCUGAUCGCUUCUUACAAGAGUGGUUUGUUGAAAGCCUUGCCUUCGAACCUACCACCAGGACUGUACGAAGCUGCGUCUAGGAGGGGACCAGCUCCGGCUCUGCGACUAUCAGGAGGUGCACGUCCCGGAGAACCGGUAGCAAUAUCGCGUCAGUUCACCGGGCAGGGCCCUCAGCGCGCAGCGAGCCCUCUCAGCCGACCACCUUAUCCGAACGCUCCCCAAACCCCCCAAUCUUCAGGGCUCGACUGGGUCAUCACUCCGCAGGAGAAAGCCGCUUACGACGAGCUGUUCAACAAGGUUGAUACUGCCAGCCGAGGAUACAUCACCGGCGAGCAGGCCGUGCUUUUCUUUAGCAACUCGGGUCUGCCGGAAGAUAUAUUAGCCACUAUCUGGGACUUGGCGGACAUCAAUUCCGAGGGCCGAUUAAGUCGAGAUGAAUUCGCAGUUGCUAUGUAUCUCAUCAAACAGCAAAAGCCUCGUCCUGGGCAGCCCAGACUUAACCUCCCAGCAUCUCUGCCGCCCAAUCUUGUGCCGCCGAGCAUGCGCAACCAGGCAAGACCUGCACAACAACCGACAGCUCCUGCCUUUGACAACGCCGCCUUUGCGACUCCGAAGCCAGCAUCGGAAGAUCUAUUUGGUCUGGACGCCUUCUCCAGUCCUAUACCUGCGCAGUCUACGGGCGGUUCUGUAUCCUACAAUAAGCCUGUCGAGACAGAUCCGUUUGGUAACAAAAGCAUUUCACCGACCUCGCCUCAAGCCGCUAUCUCUCCAGCGCCGCGCAACCCUGCUUCCAUGUUCAAGCCUUUCCAACCAUCGUCGACCUUCGGUCAAGGCUUGACGACUCAAACUACUGGUGCGUCUGCCACCUCGUCACAGCCCCAGAUACGCGGACCGCCGACCUCGGCCAUGGACGAUCUACUCGGUGACAAUGAUCCCGAGGUUAGCAGCAAGCUUACCCAGGAAACCACGGAGCUCGCAAACAUGUCCAACCAGAUUGGUACUCUGCGGAAUCAAAUGCAGGACGUCCAGCAAAAGAAAUCAGUAACAGAGAGCGACCUCUCGAGCGCAGGCAAGCAGAAGCGGGAGCUUGAGCAACGUCUGGCGCAGUUCAGGUCACAGUACGAGCAGGAAGUGAAGCAGGUCAAGGCGCUGGAAGAGCAGCUUGCGGCGUCCCGCAACGACACAAGGAAGCUCCACCAAGAACUGGCCAUGGUUGAAGGAACUCACCAAGAUCUUCAAACCCAGCACAGGCAGGUUCUUGGAGCCUUGGAGGCUGAUCAGCGUGAGAAUGCCAGCUUGAAAGAGAGGAUCCGGAAUUUAAAUACGGAAAUCUCGCAGUUGCGGCCGCAGCUAGACAAGAUGAGGUCGGAUGCCCGCCAGCAGAAGGGCAUGGUUGCGAUCAACAAGAAACAACUAGCUACGAACGAAGGUGAACGGGACAGGAUGAGAUCGGAACUCGCCGAUCUGACGAAGGCAGAGCAGGAGCAGCAGCAACAACAAAGGCGGGAGCAAGAACGGGCUGCAGCAGUUGUUAGCCCGGCCGUUUCUGAGCGGUCCAACACGAAUCCUUUCUUUAGGAAAUCUUCCGCUACGGCAAGCGAAAACGUCAUGUCGCCGGCCGGCUUCAACCGAGAGGAGAGCCAAAGGGACUUUGACAAUAUCUUUGGCCCUUCGGUAGCCUCGUUACAGACAAGUGCUCCACCGCAGACGUCGUUUAAGAACGAGCCACAAACCUCGGGCUUCUCUACCCAGUCAGGUCCUUCUGUGGUGUCUUCGGGCCCCGACGUCCCAACACCCUCAACAUCUCCGCCAGCAUCGACUUAUCAAGAUUCUCCACGUGCAAACGAGCCUCCUCCACCACCUGAGUCACGGGUCUUCUCAUCUCCUUUCCUACCGAUUCGUGAAGGAGCACCACGCAACAGCUCCUUCAGCUCCUCGGUGAACGUUUCCGCUCCUGCGAGCAGAUACGGCGGAGGUGCGGCCGGCGUCGAGACACCGACCAACGUCGAAGCAACAUCGCCGGCAGCUACGCCAAUCCAAGAGCGAAAGGUUUCGAGAGGAUCUGACAGACCUGAAGCGAGCAGAUCCGAUACUGGAAGCUUCAUUAACUCCGCACUCAACCGUAACCAGACUUCCUCGCCAGCCGCAAGCACUACCAGCGAUGCCGCCAGGUCUGGCUCAAAGUCUGAGGAGCCAAAGGACCCUGACCAGUCUUUCGGCCCGCCAUCAAAUCUGAAAGACCUUCCAGGCGCCUUCCCAACGGAAGCUGCAGAUUCAAUCCAGCCUACCCCCACUGGCGAAAGUGCCGCGAGCGAGCAAAGCAAAAGCAGCACACGACCAUCCGAGGGCUUCUCUAGCACACGCACCGAUCCGUUCUCCUCAAUGAACGGCAGUCAGACUCGUGGUCCGAGCACUGCGAAACAUGACUUCGACGCCGCAUUUGCCGGAGUCGGUGGCAGCCAGGCGGCUCAAGAAAGGCAGAAUACUGGGUCAUCGCUCAAUGGAUCCGCUGACAAUGCAUCAGCAUCAAAGUUCUCCAGAGAAUUCCCGCCAAUUGAGAACCUUGACCAUGAGGAAGACAGCGACUCGACCAGCGAACCGGGCUUUGACGACGACUUCACUGCCGCUUCCCCGAAACCGAAAGCCGAAAGUGUGAACGCACCAAGUCAAUCCCAGCCUUCGCGGCCACUGACGAGCACUACGAACGUUGAGGAACAGUCCGAUUAUGGCUUUAGGCCCCGUCCGUCGGUGUCGCAGGUCGAUUCCAGCGCCAGUCUCCCACCUGCAAGUGCGCAAAAAUCACCACCAACCUACGAACAAGCUGUAUCACCACCUGGGGGCAGCCGGCAGCCCAGGGACUCUAAUCAGUUCCCACCCGAGUUCAGUGGCCUAUUGCCCUCUCGAGAGGACCCUACCUCACCAACACAUGUGUCACAGCCGUCCGAGAAGAGCUUCAGUCCACCUCCGCCAACGCAAGGCCAAACUUUGUUCGGCAGUUCCAGCUCUACCCGAGGGGUGCCUUCUGUGACUAGCAAUAUGUUCCCGGGUUACCCACUUCCCAGUCAGACCUCUGCAUCCACAGGGCCUAGCGACGCGUAUUACCCUCCAGCUUCCUAUUCCACGGGUGAAGGAGCGCAACAACCUGCCACUCAGCAACCGCAGAUGAGCAGGCCAUCAUAUCAAGACGACUUCGAUACGGGCUUCGAUGACCUGGACGAGGCAAAAGAGGCAGACGGCAAGGGCGAGGACGACUUCUCCUUUUCCUCCCCGCACAGAGAGGGCUUUGAUGACUUUAACCCGGUCUUUGACUCACCAGCCGCUUCCAAAUCCACCAUGACCUCGCAGCAGACGCCCACAGGCAUGACCAUCCACGACGACUUUAGCGACUUCGAUCAACAUCUGAGCGGCUACGGUAGCACGUCGAGCAAAGCGCCGCAGCAGCCCCAUGCCAACACGGCCCAGGACUGGGAUGCGAUCUUUUCAAGCUUGGACACACCACAAGAAAACAAGUUGUCCAGCGAGCCCAUCAAGUCGCCGUUUCCAGCCACGGCUGGUAUGAGUGGCAACGGCACCGGUGGUACAGGUUUCUCCAGCAGCGGCAUGAGGGGAGGCGAGUCGUCGAGCUCGACACAGAAUCAGCAGAACAUGCCACAGCUAGGCAGAGCGCUCAGCGCGGGGACUGAGCAUGAUGAUCCGAUAUUGAAGAAACUGACGGGGAUGGGGUAUCCGCGACAGGAUGCAUUGAAUGCGCUUGAGAAGUUUGAUUAUGACAUCAACAAGGCGGCGGAUUAUCUGACGAGUGGACAGUAG